CAUCAUCAUACCUCCAAGUUUGAUCUCAAAAGGUGAUAGUUGGAUGCAAUCAUGGACGUUACCCGUCCAUUUGCAUCCCAUAUAGGGAGCGCUUCAUUAGCAUUCCUUACAUCAGAAGAGAUUAAAAAUGUUUCCGUUAAACAAAUCGUUAAUCCGGAAUUAUUGGAUACGACAAAUAAUCCAAACGUUGGAGGUUUAUACGAUCCAGCUUUAGGUCCAAUGAGAAGGGAUGAUAUUUGUAUGACUUGUCAUCAAAAUUCAUUCUCUUGUCCAGGUCAUUUUGGUCACAUUCAAUUACCUUCGCCAGUCUUUCAUCCUUUGUUCAUGAAGCAAGUUUUCUCGCUUUUACGUGGAAUGUGUUUAUACUGUCAUCAUUUCAACGUACCCGUUAUACCAAUGACUCUUUUCAUUGCUAGAUUGAAGCUAUUGGAUUACGGAUUGGUACAAGAGGCUGCUGAGAUAGCAUUAGAAGCUCCAAGACUGCUAGAAUCAGCUUCCAAUGUGACAGGAGAAGAUUUGAUGGAUAUGGAAGCAGAAGAAGAAGGUGUGGCAGACAAGGCAUCAGCUGGACUAUCCACAGAAUCUGCAUUCCAGUUCAGAAAGCGCAUAGAAGGUCAAGUGCGUUCAAUAUUGACCCAAGCUGUCAAAAAUGGAGCACGAAGAGCAAAUGAUACGACCGGAGCAGUCUAUUCUGCUAGAAUGACAACCGUUUCACAAUUCACAAAGUUCACCGCACCAGCAGCUGGAGGAAAGAAGAAAUGCCCACAUUGCAAAGCAGUCAGUCCAACGAUGCGUAAAGAUGGACAUGUGAAAAUUGUCGAAAUGGGAUUGACGGAUCAAGCAAAAUUGUUCAACGAGGCCAUCGGUGCGAUUAGACCUGAUCCAAUCUUGCUCACUUCCUCGUCCAACAACAGAAAGGCCAAACAAAGCAACAGAGGAACACCUGCAGGAAAUGCCUUUGACGAAGAGAAAAUGAAAGCGUCGAAAAAGGCCAGCAAGAAUGUCAACCAUAAUACAAGAGUGAUGCCGCCGGUGGAGUGCAGAGCAAAUCUACGUCUUUUGUUCGAGAACGAGCCAGCAAUUUGCAGCUUGCUUUUUGGAAGACAUGGAAUUGCUGAUGCAGAUACAUUCUUCGUGGAUGUUCUUUCAGUCACACCUACAAGAUUCCGACCGGCUGCUGUGAUGGGCGAUCAAACGAUUGAAAACGCACAGAACGAAUUAUUGACAAAGAUAUUACGAACAUGUAUCGAAAUGAGCAGAUUGAGUGGUGCUUUGGGUCUUCUGGUAGCCAAAGAAGCAGUGAAUGUAUCGGCAAAGGAACGAAAUCAAGCAUCAGAUGCUCUAAUGGGUGCAUUGAUCCAACUUCAACAAGAUGUAAACUGUUUCAUGGAUGCCGAUAAAGGACCGAAAGUGGGAAAUAUCGUACCAACUCCAGGUAUCAAACAACUUUUGGAAAAGAAGACUGGUCUAUUCAGACAGCAUAUGAUGGGUAAACGUGUCAAUUUUGCAGCUCGUUCAGUCAUCUCUCCCGAUGUCAACAUUGAAACAAACGAAAUUGGUGUUCCGCCCGUGUUUGCACAAAAGCUGACUUUCAAUGAACCUGUCACCGUUCACAAUAUCGAAAGAAUGCGAAGGCUAGUCAUCAAUGGACCGAACAAAUAUCCCGGUGCUGUAGCUAUUCGUAACGAGAACGGAAUCGAGACCUUACUCGGUCGCCUGACCGUCGAACAGAGAACAGCACUUGCCAAUCAACUUCUCACACCACAAGAGCAUACAUCUCGACAGAGCAGAGGAACUUUUGGUGGAUUAGGAAGAACGGCCGCCACACCGCCUGCAAACAAACAAGUCUUGCGUCAUUUGGUGGAUGGCGAUAUCCUUAUUCUCAAUCGUCAACCCACUUUGCACAAGGCCUCAAUGAUGGCCCAUCGUGCACGUGUUUUGAAGGGCGAACGUACGAUUCGAAUGCACUAUGCCAAUUGCAAUUCUUACAAUGCCGAUUUCGAUGGUGAUGAAAUGAACAUGCACUUUCCACAAAGUCAAGCUGCACGCGCUGAAUCGUACAAUAUCUGCAAUACAGAUAAUCAAUACUUGAUUCCUACUAGUGGUAACCCUCUUCGUGGUCUCAUUCAAGAUCACGUUAUCGCAGGUGUAUGGAUGACCAGCAAGGCUACCCUUUAUACCCGCGAGGAAUAUCAACAAAUAUUGUAUGGUGCUCUUCGACCUGAGAAUGAUUAUUCAGGCAAUGGCAGAGUGCUCACUCUUCCGCCUGCUAUUUACAAGCCAAAGCCAAGAUGGACAGGUAAACAAGUCAUCUCAACUGUUCUUUUGAACAUCAAACCAUCCAAAGCAGAAGGUCUUAACUUGAAAUCGAAGAGUAAAGUAAAUGGUUCCUUAUGGGGAAAAGGAAACGAAGAAGAAGGCACAGUUUUGUUCCGAGAUGGUGAAUUGCUUACGGGUAUCUUGGAUAAAGCUCAAUUCGGUGCUAGCGCUUAUGGUUUGGUUCAUGCAGUAUAUGAAAUGUAUGGACCUGAUAUGGCCGGUAAAUUGCUCAGUGUUCUAUCUCGAUUGUUCACAAAAUGGUUGCAGGUCAACGCUUUCACAUGCCGAAUGGACGAUUUACUCUUGAGCGAAAAAGGUGAUGCAGAGCGAAGAGAGAAGCUUAAAGCUGCCACCAAAGCUGGACGUGAAGCUGCUUUGCAGGUUGUCGGUCUACCCAAGGAUAGUGACGAUACUCACAAUCUCCAUAUUCGUCUAGAAGAAGUAUUACGAGAUGACGGGAAAGCAGCCGCUUUAGAUUCAGGCAUGUUGGGAGCCGCUCGUAGUUUGAGAACGGAUGUGAUCAAUGAAGUAUUACCCAAGGGUCAAUAUCGUGUGUUCCCAGAGAACAAUUUCGAAAUGAUGGUCUCUUCCGGUGCAAAAGGAUCUUUGGUCAAUUUCAGUCAAAUUUCAGCCCUUUUGGGAGCACAAGAAUUGGAAGGUAGACGUGUACCUGUGAUGGUGAGCGGAAAGACUUUACCCUCUUUCAAACCUUUCGAUACCUCUUUGCGUGCUGGUGGAUUUGUUGCAGGUAGAUUCUUGACUGGUAUCCGACCUCAAGAGUACUAUUUCCAUUGCAUGUCAGGUCGUGAAGGUUUGAUCGAUACGGCCGUCAAAACAUCCAGAUCAGGUUAUCUGCAACGUAGAUUGAUCAAACAUUUGGAAGGUAUCACUGUUCAUUAUGAUAAUACAGUGCGCAACUCAGAUGGUACCAUCAUUCAAUUCUUGUAUGGUGAAGACGGUCUGGAUGUGACGAAGUCUAAAUACCUUGAUGAGAUGGACUUCACAGCAGAAAACUUUUCCAGCUUCAUGCGAAGAUACAAUCCUGCUCAGUUGGGAGGUGUUAUUGACGAAAACGAGGCAAAUUCGUAUGCCAAGAAAGCACUCAAGAAGCCCCACAAGUAUGCUCCAGCAACGAGCGUAUACAAUCCCGCCAGAUACCUUGGAAGUACAUCAGAAACAUUUGCGAACAAGGUGCAGUCCUAUAUUGACAAGAAUCCAAAUGGAUUGUUGGAACAGAAGACCAAGAAAAGCAAAGGCGAAAAGGCAACAGAAGAGGGAAAGAAGGUAGCGAAGAUUCCAAGCAUUCGACCAAAAGUUCAAAGCGAUCUGUUCAGACUGAUGAAUCAAGUUUUGUACCAUCGUGGCUUAGCAGAACCAGGCGAGGGUGUCGGUUUGGUAGCAGCGCAAAGUAUUGGUGAACCCUCGACGCAAAUGACGCUCAACACCUUCCACUUGGCAGGACAUGGUGCUGCCAAUGUGACAUUAGGUAUUCCCCGUUUGAACGAAAUUAUCAUUGCUUCUCAAAAGAUCAGAACGCCCAUCAUGAAACUACCUGUUAUGCAAGGAGUCGAGUUCGCACGAAAGAAACUAUUCUGCAAGGAUGGCAGCCGUCUAUUGCUCUCUCAAGUCAUCGAGAACGCCAUUGUUCACGAACGCAUUUCUGCAAAGACGAUGUCAACCGAUUUCAAGCGUGUCAAGUCGUACACUAUUCAACUGAACUUCUUCCCCAUUUCUGAAUGCAGGGAAGAGUACAACGUUGAUGUUGCUGACAUUUUGCGCGGAAUGGAAAUGACCUUUGCGCCAAUUCUCGAAGAAGAAAUCUUGGCCGAUCUGAGACGUAUGGAUCGCGAUCGUAAAUUGCAAUUGGAGUCCAUUGGACAUGGUCAGAGAUUCUCUGAUGCACAAACAGAUGCAGCUGCGGAAAACCAAGAAGACGAUACAAAUGAAGCAGAAUCUGAACUCAAAGCAGAUAAGCGCUCUGCGGGAAAGAAGAAGGGAGCUGAAGCAAAGACACGUAUGGGCUUCGCUGGAGAUGAUUCUGAUGAAGAAGAAGACGAGAGUGAUGACGCUGCUGAAGGUGACACAGAAGAAUCCAAGCGAAGAAGGAAAGCGGGUGCAAAGCAAGCCUACGAAGAAGGUGAUGAAGAAAGCGACAGCGAUGAUGACGAAAUGCCAGCAUUGGACACUGAAGAAAGUAUUGAUGCUGCAUUUGAGGGAGAAGGAUCUGGUCGCAAGAAGAAGCGUAGCAGCGCUAUUGCCGUGGAUGAAGACAUUGAGAACCAAGUGCAAGAAUUAGAUGCCAAAUUGCAGGAUUCCAGUCGUUACAUCACUUCUUUCCAAUUCGAUAACAAGCGACACAAAUGGGCUCGUUUGGAAUUGCAACUGCCCAAUUCGGCCGACAAGCUUUUGCUGAUUAAUGUCGUCGAACGUGCUUGUCGUUCAAGUGUGGUUCAUGAAGUUCCCAAGAUUGAUAGAAUCUUGUGUCCAGCAGAAGAUGCUGCUAAAUCUGAUCCAAAUGCAGACCCGCGGUUGACCGCUGAAGGUAUCAAUUUGACAGGCAUGUGGGACUUUGGACAUGGAAUCAUUGAUAUGGACAAAAUCUAUACAAACGAUAUCGGCGCAUUAUUGCAUACGUAUGGUGUCGAAGCCGCACGUAAUGCAAUCGUUUCGGAAAUGCGUGCAAUUUUCGAUACAUACGGUAUUAAUGUUUCACCUCGCCAUUUACACUUGAUCAGUGAUUACCAAACCUUUACAGGUGGCUACCUUCCCUUCUCACGUUCGGGUAUGACAGAUCUAUCAUCACCACUACAAAAAGCUUCUUAUGAGACCACAAUGGCUUUCCUUUCACAAGCAGCCCUGUUUGGUGAGAAGGAUGAUAUGUCAAGUCCAUCUUCUAACAUCGUUGUUGGAAGACCAAUUCGUGGCGGUACAGGAUUGCCUACUCUUUGCACUCAAAUCGCCGCUUGAUCGUUUCUCAUCUUCAAUCUCUUUCUCUAUCAUCAUUCAUGUAUAUCAA